CCAGAAAGAAAGGGCCGCCAGACAAAGAGAAGAGGCUGCCAGAGAAGCCGAAAUCCAAAGAGAAGAGGCUGCCAGAGAAGCCGAAAUCCAGAAAGAAAGGGCUGCCAGAGAAGCCGAAAUCCAGUUGGAAAUGGCAAAAAUAUCGACAGAGUUGCAAGUGCUGCAGCUAGAAAGAGAAGAAGCUGCUGCCAUGGCGGAAGCAAAGUACAUAGAAGAAGCUGAAGGGUCGCGUGAUCUGACCGCAGCAAGAUCUACUUUAGAAAGGACCAGACUGGAACGCACAAGCGACUAUGUACAAUCUCAAAUAGACAGGCAGGCUCGUCUCCCCUCUCCAUACGUAUUCGAUAACUUCCCCAGCUACGAGGAACCUCAGAGAGUCACGAUUGCAUCACAUCCAUACGAGGAAGGAAAUUUACCCUCACGGCUCCGUGAUGAAGUCAAGAAUGAAAGAACCGACAACGCUCCUUCACCCCCACAACAGGACGGCGGGGAGGGAGAGGUUCACUCCAGGACAACAAUUGUCAGCUCGAACUGUACAGAAGUUUGCGGUCAAACUCAGUCAAGCCGUUCUUGUUCCGAGAUCUGCCUCACUGAGGUGUACCCUAAAGAAGCACAACAAGACAUUACCAAGCGUAAAGUAACCGACGAGACGCUAGGUCAGUCAGUUUUCGUUCAAACCGAGGACGGAAACAAACUUGCACAAUCAGCUCAAGAUACCAUUUCUUUAAAACCCAAAGACACCAAGGUCUUCAGAGAUGAAGCAAAUAAUGGGGUUGCCCCAUUGCCAAUCAGAGAACCACGCCAGCGCUCACCAGAUAACAAAGAGCAGGCAGUCAAACGGUUCACGUCCUUACGGAAAACCUGGAAAAGGAAACCUGAGAUACAGCAACGCACCCGAUUGGCCCACGAGGUACUGUGCACCCUAAUGGCAGAGGUCACAGCCAUUAUAAACGCACAAUCAUUCCUACCUGUGUCUUCUGACCCAGAAAACCCCUUUAUACUUUCGCCAUCAACGCUCCUUACGCAGAAGGCAGGAGCACCUCCUCCACCAGGAGACUUCUCAGACAAGGAUUUGUACACAAAGCAAUGGAGACAAGUCCAGGCUCUGGCAAAUCAGUUCUGGCCUCGCUGGAGACAAAAAUAUCUACCUUCGUUGCAACAGAGACGAAAGUGGACAGAACCCCGCAGGAAUCUUCAAGUCGGAGACCUAGUCCUGCUCAGGGACAAGCAGAUCACCCGCAACAGCUGGCCAAUGGCCAGAAUCACUGCUACAUUCCCUAGCGAGGAUGGACAUGUCAGGAAGAUCGAAUUGAAGACUACCGACCAAGGCGAUGUGAAAAUUUACCAAGGGCCAGUUACAGAAGUUAUUCUACUUCUACCCAAUGACUGAUUAAGAGACUAAGUUUUGUACUCUGCUCAUUGUGACCUUACGAAGGUCAAGCGGGGAGUGUGCUGUCUUUACGACAGUUAUUUAGUUUAUAAUAUUUUCGCUUAGUAAUUCAUUCAAUAGUAUUUUCUAGUUAGAAUUAGAAGUGUUUAAAGUGUAUUCAUUGCAUGUAAAAUAUAUCGGCAUGCGAUGACGUCACAUCCGGUUUCGCCGCGUCUUGUGGGAAAACACCGGUUUGAAAUCAGCGCGAGGGUGGGGGCUUUCCACGAGGCUCACCUGAGCACAAGCAGUUUUGCAGGCAUGAGAAAUCACAGUGAGAGCAACGCUUUUUCACCAUAUGUUAAUGUGAAGAGUGAACAGUAAAUGGUUAAUCUUACUGCGAUCUGGUUCUUAUUAACUGUGGUUUAUCCGGACGUUAAAUUCGGCGUUUCGUUACACCCGAAGG